AUGUGUCAUCCUCCUACCAUUCCUCGUUCUAUUAGCUCAUAUUUGUCAGCCACGGGAGAUAAUAACGCCUCGAAUGCCUCUCCGGAAGAUAGCGCGGGUUCACAACUGUCUUCGACCUCGGAGGAACCUCUUUUCACAGUUCGCUUCCAAGCCACGCAAGAUGAACACGGUCAUCACGUUGUACUUGGAAGAGAAGGAAAGCUGACGCGCUGUGAGGAUGAGCCCAUUCGAACUCCCGGUGCAGUUCAAGGUUUUGGGGUGCUUAUCGCUGUGGAUGAACAAGAUGACGUUUUAGUUGUCCGUCAAGUUUCUGAGAACUCUACUGAAUUGCUGGGUCUGUCCCCGCGGUAUCUGUUCUCCCUCGAUUGUUUCACGGAUACGCUACCGGAAUCGCAAGCCGAUUUACUCUGGAAUAAUGUUCAGUUCUUAUCAGAACUAGAUUCACAACCGCCAGACGGCGGGCAUGACCCACCACACAUCUUUCGCAUAUCAGGUUGGGGAGCCCCUGGAACGGCAACAGUUUCUCCGGAUACAAGUGGUUCUGAUGGUGAAGAUCGACGUUUCUGGACAUGUUGGUGUGCAAUCCAUAGGCCGCCAAGCGCAACGGGGUCAAAUUCCAAACUAUUCGUCAUGGAAUUCGAGUUAGAAGUGGAUGUGUUAAAUCCACUAUAUCCACCUAUUUCUAUGCCCAAGACCAUGAAUCCAGCUUCGCUAGGACAUAAUGCCUCCGGUUCGGUUUCCGAGAGUAUAACUGCCAGUGGGGCUUCGAACGACGGCUCGGGCAGAACUUCACUGGGCGCUGGUGACACAAUUAGCUCUCUGCCGAGCUCCCGCGGCCUCGACGGCGAUGAGACCUGGAUCCCGAGUGCUGCGGAUAUCAUUGAAAGUACGACUUCGUUGUCCAAGCCGCUUCCUGCUCUGGAGCGCCUGCGUCGUCUAACACGCACUGCUCCCUCAGAACCGACUUCCAUGAAGGCGAAGUCGCGACGCGGAAGAAAAGCAAUGAUCCCAGGAGGUAGUGAGAUGAUGGAUGUUUUGGCAAUCAUGGCUCAGAUAAAUGAACAGCUUGGUGAUCCGCCGGAUUUGGAAACCUUUUUGAAGGUGGUAGUUGGAAUUAUCAAAGAUUUGACACAGUUUCACAGGGUUCUCGUGUACCAGUUUGACGAACAGUGGAAUGGUCAGGUCGUCGCCGAAUUGGUCGAUUGGAAUAUGACGCAUGAUCUUUACAAGGGCUUGCAUUUUCCUGCUGGGGAUAUACCAGCACAGGCUCGACAGUUAUACACAACAAACAAAGUCCGAAUUCUUUAUGAUCGGGACCAGGCGACUGCUCGAAUCGUAGUGCGGUCCAAAGAAGAUCUCGAGCGACCUCUGGAUAUGACACAUUGUCACCUGCGUGCUAUGAGUCCUAUUCAUGUCAAAUAUCUUGGCAACAUGGGUGUUCGUGCUUCGAUGUCUAUCUCUAUCAUGGCGUUCGGGGCUCUGUGGGGUUUAGUGACAUGUCAUUCAUAUGGUCCGCAUGGGAUGCGUGUAUCACUACCCACUCGGGAGAUGCUCAAACUUCUCAGCCAGUCCAUUUCCAGAAACAUUGAACGACUCAGCUACGCUCAACGAUUACAUACCAGGAAACUUAUAAACACGAUGACUUCAGAAAACCAUCCCACUGGUUAUAUUGUAUCGGAUUUCGACAGUUUGCUCAACUUGUUCGAUGCCGACUUCGGCGUCUUGGUCAUCGGUGACGGAGCGAAGAUCCUAGGUCCCAAUGAACAUGGACAAGAGAUUUUGAUCAUGGCGGAAUACCUCAGACUGAAGCAAUUUGGGACCAUUCAAGUAUCACAAGCAGGUCUCGAUGUAGUUGCGGGCCUGAUGUAUGUUCCUCUAUCGAGUGGAGGCAAGGAUUUUAUUGCGUUCCUACGAAAAGGACAACCGCGGGAUGUCCAUUGGGCCGGGAAGCCGUUCAAAGGCGAUGGGUCAAAUGCAGUAUUAGAGCCAAGAAAAUCAUUUAAGAUCUGGUCAGAAACUGUUGCUGGAAGAUGUAGAGCUUGGACGGACGAGCAGCUGGAGACUGCGGGUGUGCUGGCCUUGGUUUAUGGAAAGUUCAUCGAAGUUUGGAGGCAGAAGGAGAACGCGUUGCAGACGACUAAACUGACCAACUUGUUGCUAUCGAAUGCUUCACACGAAGUAUUUGACCUCACGAAACUAGAAAGUGGGAACGAGACAUCUUUUAAUCAACUCUUCAAUCUACCUGCAGCUAUCGAGGAGGCGAUUAGCCCGUAUAGAAGCGAAGCCCAACGACAGACUAUCGAUUUUAUUCUAGAUAUAUCUGAAAGUCCCAAAGAAGUUAUUGGUGACGUUAGGAAGAUUCAAACUGUGGUCCAGAACCUCACGGCAAACGCUUUAAAGUACACGGCGCAAGGGUCCAUCACAGUGUGCUGUGUACCAACACAAGAAUCCGUUAGCCUGCACGCCUCCCAGCAGACGGCGGUGGAAAUCGUAGUGGCCGAUACCGGAUGCGGCAUGCAACAAGAAAAGCUUCAAAACAUAUUUCGAGAAUUCGAACAGGUGGAAUCAUCAGAGCCUAAAACUAGUGCGGAUGCUGGUGUCGGACUGGGCCUCGCAGUAGUUGCCCGUAUUGUUGAACAGCUAGGCGGACAGCUUCGAGUUGAUUCUAAAGUUGAACAGGGUAGCCGUUUUUCCUUCCUCAUUCCACUCUCCUUUUAUGCAGGAGGUCCGAAUUCCCUGUCGAGCUCCUCUCGAGCAUCGUCUUCAGAUUCGCUUCGUAUUCGUUCUCGUCCUCCCAGCAUCAACUCUGGCAAGGAGAUCGAUUCAUUAGUCGAAGCCAUAUCAUCGAGUCAUAUGGGACCCAAAUCUUCUUCGCAGAAGUCAUCGCCCUCAUUGGAGGACCAGCGAAAUAUCGACGGUUUCCCAAAAAUUUCCUCGAGGAAACGUAGUGAGGGAACAUUCGAGGUUGUUGGGUCCCAAGUCCCUGUUCGACCAAUCAAAAUGGACGAGAAUAUAAAUACACCCAGCGCUAAUCUUCGUCCAGCCUCCUCUGUAGCUAGAUCUUCUCAUGGGAAUCGUGCUGCAGCCUCUGCGGAGCCCCCGGGCCCUUCGCAGAAACAUUCAUCCCAAUUACGGGUUUUGAUUGUAGAGGACAAUAUUCUCAAUCAAAAACUACUCGCAAAGCGACUCAGACUCGAUGGUCAUACUGUCGUCAACACUAUGAAUGGACAGGAAGGUCUUGACGCCGUGAAGGCCGAUCGCGACUUCGAUUGCGUGUUGAUGGACCUCAGCAUGCCUAUUCUCAAUGGUUUCGAAGCGACGGAGAAAAUACGGGGAGUUGAAGCAGAAUCACCGGCAUCAACUCUUCGGCUUUCGCAUCAGUUGAAUGGGCGGAUUCCUAUAUUCGCUGUAUCUGCGUCGCUGUUUGAACAGCAGCGGGACAAGCUGUCGAAAUGUGGUAUGGACGGAUGGAUACUGAAGCCCAUCGACUUCAAGAGACUAGGCGUGAUUCUAUCUGGGGUGACUGAUGUAGGGCAGCGUCAACGGGACGUGUAUAGGCCUGGUUGUCAUAUUCACGUGCGAGGCCUGUAUCUCUAG